AUGAACGAAUUCCAUCACCUUGUCCGCUUCGAGAGCAAGGAAGGACACAUUUUUAUAGGGGACAUUACAGAAGAUGUGUCACAUCUUGAGUCUCUAGUUGGUGUUGAAGCCGAGGUGUUCGAAGGUACCUCACCGUGGGACUCUGGAUUCCGUAAAGUUCUCGCUCCGCUCCCGUCUGUGCCGAUUUUUCCUUGCGUCGGGCUGAACUAUCAGCACCACGCAGCGGAAGUGAACGUCGAUAUACCUUCGACUCCUCCCUUGUUCUACAAGCCACCAGAUGCCCUAGCGGGUCCCGAUGAGGACAUUCACGUCCAUCCGACAGCUCGAUGUCUUGAUUAUGAAGGCGAACUAUGCAUCGUUAUAGGUCGUGACUGUAAAAACCUCGCCGAGGACGACAAUCCCCUGGACUAUGUGUUUGGGUAUACAGUGGGGAAUGAUAUCUCUUCGAGGUACUGGCAGGCUCCAGCCAUAUCUAGUAAUCAGGCAGGCUAUGCGAAAGGAUUCGACCAGUUCGCUCCUAUCGGCCCUGUCAUUACCUCAAGCCGACUUCUUCCGGAUCUGUCCUGUCUGAUGCUGACAACGCAUGUCAAUGGGGAGGAACGACAGCGCCAUCGCCUGGAUGACAUGAUCUUCGAUGUUCCCGCUAUUAUUCGAUUUAUCAGCACAGGGAGAACGAUCAAACAAGGGACAGUAAUCAUGACGGGUACUCCGAGUGGCGUGAUUGCUGGAAUGAGAGACAAGGUCUGGCUGAAGAAUGGAGAUACGGUCGAGGUUACGAUUGAAAAAGUCGGACGGAUCAAGAACAGAAUGGUGAUGGAGGAGGGGAGAGAUGGUCCGUGA